ACCCCCUCGUGACUCUUCCCUCCGUGUAUAUAUCGGCGCUGCAGUGCGCUGUGAAGUUUCUGUAUCAGCGUCUUUCAGAAUGUCAGGAAACCAGCGGGGUCUCGUGUAUUUGAUCACCGGUGGUUGUGGGUUUGUCGGCCAGCAUUUAUUGAGGGUUCUGCUGGAGAAGGAGGACAAAGUGGACGAGGUCCGGGUGUUUGACAAAUGCAUUGAUCCGAGCUUAAGUGAACACAGCACAGACCAGACGAAGGUGGUGGUCAUUCGGGGGGACAUCACUGAUUAUACCUCUGUGUUGGAGGCCUCCCGUGGGGCAGAUGUUAUCAUCCACACAGCCAGCUUGGUUGAUGUUUGGCACAAGAUACCAGAAACCCUCAUCUACUCUGUGAAUGUAGCAGGAACAGAGAAUGUAAUCAAAGCCUGUGUGGAGUGUGGCAUCGAGUGCCUUGUCUAUACCAGCAGCAUGGAAGUGAUCGGUCCCAACAUCAAUGGAGAUCACUUUAAGAGGGGCAAUGAAGACACACCUUACACAGUGAAACACAGCAUGGCCUAUCCCAAGAGCAAGUCAAAGGCAGAGAAAAUUGUGCUUGAGGCUAAUGGCAUCACGGUUAAGGGUGGUAAGCACUUAUACACAUGCUCACUGAGGCCGACGGGGAUCUAUGGCGAGGGGCACCAGCUAAUGAAGGACUUCUACCAACAGGGUGUUCAAAGGGGAGGUUUAAUUGUUGGAGGCAUCCCAGACCAUGUUGAACAUGGUCGGGUUUAUGCAGGCAAUGUUGCCUGGAUGCAUCUGCUUGCAGCCCAAGCCUUGAGGGAGCGCCCAGAGAAAGUUGGAGGUGAAGCCUUCUACUGCUACGAUGACUCGCCCUACAAAAGCUACGAGGAUUUCAACAUGAUGUUGUUCUCUGCAUUUAAAUUUCGAAAGGCCCGCAUACCUACACUGGUGUUGUGGUUUCUGGCUAUGAUGAAUGACUUUCUUCACUGGAUACUGAAGCCCAUAUACAACUAUACACCACUGCUGAAUAGUUACACCUUGGCUGUAGUUAGCACCACCUUCACAGUGAGGACAGACAAAGCUGAGCGUUAUUUUCAGUACCGGCCUUUGUACAGCUGGGAUCAAUGUCUCAACCGCACACAGAAAUGGAUUAGCACAUUUCCUUCAGAAAACUCCAAAGACUCUUGAGCUGCUAUGUAGUCAGGAUGGCAGUAUGUAAAGGAGAAGCCUGAUGUCUGUUAUUAGAUAAUAGCAAUAAAUUAACAGUAUGCAGCAUGUAACUGAGCUUUAUAUAAAAAUAUGUUGUCAAAAGUGCAUUAAUUAACAAUUCUUGCAAGUAUUAAAAGGUGAAUUGCUUCCAUAGCAAUUGUAUUUUCCAUACAGUAUUCAUUUCUACAUUCAUUAAACAGAUGUUUUACCAUUAUUAGGAAAAAAAAUUACAAUUAAGCAGUAUUGUUCAGUUCUGCCAGCAUCUACAGCAAGUCUAUUAGCAAUAAGAACAAGGUAAGCAAUAAAAACCAUGGAAGUGUAGUUAUAAGAAUCUUUCUACUAAUUCAUUUUUAAAGUAAAGAUAUAUUCUAAAUAUGUCUGUCUGUAUAAGCUUCAUUCCAAAGUGGUAGUGAGUGUGACUGAUUCCUUGGGAAACAUUAACUACUUUAUGUGAAACUCAUCUAGUAGGUUGACAUGAGGUAUAAGACAAAGCUGUGAUUUGUUUCAUUUCUGUGGUUUAGAUUGUGUACUAGUUUUUAGAUAUGCAUCUUACAUGGAUUAUAAACAUGCACAGUGUUAAUGACAAAAGUAAACACAAUUUACAAGCAUUUAAUACUCAGGUCUGCAAUGUUUUGCUGAAAUAGGUUUAUUUUGAUGAAAUUUUCAAUGUUGCGUGACCGAGGGCUAUUUAGCAUGUCUUAAAUUUUUUAAUGUAAUCUUUAAAUAAAGAAUUAUUUAAUCACUUCUA